UUCUUUGAAAUUAAGUGAUACUUGAUACUUUGCCAAAAAAAUGCGAAAUUAUUUUAAUUUGCUCUUCUUUAUUGCUUUAUCUACAUUAGAUAAAAAAAUCUUAAUGGAGCAAUUAGAUGAAUUCCCGAGUUCUGAACACAAUAUUAAUUCAAAUUAUUCAAAAUCAAAAAGUGAUUUGGGUAAAACGCUCAAUGGUGAUGGUCAAACUUCAAUCAAACUUUUAAUUUUGAAAAAGUGUAAUUAUUUAUUAAUAAGCGAACCUUUUCAAGAAGAUAUUCAUAAUAAUCAACUUUACAACUUGAAUGAGUUUUCAAUAAAUCAAUUAUCAUCAGAAUCUCACAGAAUGGCCACGAACAUUAAUAAAAGAAGAUUUCCGCUCAACUUUACUCUUGCUACAUUAGAGAAGCUUCACGGAAAUGGGAGAUAUCAAAUUUUACGAAACAGCUUGAAAAAGAUUAAUAUGUGCCUUUUAAAAUUUAAAAUCUGCAGUUUGUUUGAUUUUUCUCAAAAUUUCGUAAAGUAUGACUGCAGAACGUUCUAUCUUGAUGAUAAGCAUUUUGAUUGGAUUAAAACAAUGGAAAGUAUCAAUAACAUGGAUGGAAAGAAUAGGAUUGGAUCUGACAGUCACAAUUUACUACCAAAAGAAAAUUUAGAUGAAGAGCAAACAAUUGGACCUUAUGAUCAAAUGAGUAACCACCAAGUUGACUCUACAACUAUGAAGAAAAAAAAACGAGAAAUUGAAGAUUUUAAAGAAGAUUUUAGUACUAUGAUUCCAGAAUAUGAUACGCAAAAUAAAUACAAUAUAAAAGUGCGAGCAUAA